AUGAAUCCCAAAGAGAAGCCGAAGUCAAAGAUUACAGCUUCUCGUAAGCUCUCCCUCAAGAUGCUUCUCCUCACAAGAGCCUGUGAGGAUUUGGAGAAGGAGAGGCAGGACAGGGAGGAAGAGAAAGUCCGUCAGAUCGCAGAGAAGUUGCCCCCUUUGCAACUUUCUGGAUUGUCCCUGGAAGAGCUACAAAAAAUGUGCAAGCAGCUAUAUUCUCAAGUUGAUGUUGUGGAUGAGGAGAGGUACGACUGUGAAUACAAAGUGGGCAAGCACAACAAAGAUAUCCAUGAGCUGAAGUUGAAAGUACAGGACCUCGGAGGCAAGUUCAAAAAGCCUGCCCUGAGGAAGGUGAGGGUGUCGGCAGACGAGAUGAUGAGAGCUCUCCUGGGUUCCAAACACAAGGGCUCCAUGGACCUCAGAGCCAACCUCAAGUCUGUGAAGAAGGAGGACGUCAAAACGGACAAGGUGCUCACGGGUGAAGUGGGCGAUUGGCGUAAAAACGUGGAGGCCAUGUCAGGCAUGGAGGGCCGCAAGAAGAUGUUCGACACAGCCGGCGGAGCACAGUGA